UCCGCCUUCAGGCGGGCGGACCUAGCUCGCUUCUCCGCCUGCCUCUCUCUGGGCCCGGCAACCUUCCUCCCUCCCCCUCUUUUUCCCCUUUGCUCCGCUGUGGCCUGGAGCCGGCGCCGCGAUGGCUCCGGCCGCUGACCGGGAGGGUUAUUGGGGCCCUCCGACCUCCACCUUGGAAUGGUGCGAGGAGAACUACGCCGUCUCCAACUACAUCGCCGAGUUCUGGAACACAGUGAGUAACCUGAUUUUCAUUCUACCUCCAAUCUAUGGUGCCAUUCGGACCUAUAAAGAUGGCCUUGAGAAGCGAUAUUUAGCUGCAUAUUUAUGUCUUACAGCUGUGGGACUGGGAUCUUGGUGCUUCCACAUGACCCUGAAGUAUGAAAUGCAACUGUUGGAUGAACUGCCAAUGAUAUACAGUUGUUGUGUGUUUGUCUACUGCCUGUACGAAUGUUUCAAGUACAAGAACACAGUCAAUUAUCCAAUGCUUUUCAUUUUAAUAACAUACAGCUUCAUAGUCAGCAUAGUUUACUUAAAAUUGAAACAACCCGUAUUCCAUCAGAUCAUGUAUGGAACACUAGUUUCUGUUAUAGUUCUACGAUCUGUUUAUAUAGUAUUAUGGGUAUACCCAUGGCUUAGAGGUCUGGGCUAUACAUCUUUAACUGUAUUUCUAUUGGGAUUUUUCCUCUGGAAUGUGGACAACAUUUUCUGUGAGAAAUUGAGAGCACUACGAGAGAAGAUGCCUCCUGUUGUGGGAGCUGUGACCCAGUUUCACGCGUGGUGGCACAUUCUCACAGGCCUGGGCUCUUACCUUCAUAUCCUGCUCAGUUUAUACACAAGGACACUUUUCCUCAAACACAGGCCAAAGGUGAAGUUUCUUCUUGGAAUAUGGCCUGUUCUUCUUGUGGAGCCACCCAGAAAGCUUUGACUGAGACCAAGGCAGUCACAUGCAUCCACUUAGCCUGGCUGAAUAAAGUGAUUCAACACUUAAUAUGGCUGGAUUGUCAAAAUCGUGGAUCAUUUCAAGUCCCAUUGCUACAAAAGGACUUCUCUGUGUUACUAGGCCUGCCCGCCAGAACGGAGCGAAGAGUUGGCACACUAGGAGAAUAAUGUUUAGUACAGCUUUAUUCUAAGUUGUUAAAACAAAGAUUAAGACACAAUAUUUUUAUGUAUAUGUUGUAUAGCUGAUGAUACUGAGCUAAUAUUUCGUGCUGGUCACAGAAAACUAACCAUUUUUGAAGUGGGUUGCUUAAGUUUUUCAUUCAGUUGUUGUUCUUUCUGUGGUGUAAACUAAUAUUAGUAACUGAACGAUAAAAACAGGUCACUGAUGACUAAGCUAAGCAUCUGCGUGGACUACAGUGAACUGAAUGUUUAACCUGAACUACUUUAAUCUUGCACUUUUAUACAAUUAAUGAAGUAUGUAUGAUCGAUUUAGGGCUUUAUUCUUUCCUUGCUUCUCCACAGCCUCUUUUGCAACUGAUAUUUUAAGCAAAAAGGUUGGGGUCCAUGUGCCAUUUGGUUAAUUUUGUACCAAGUUUCCACUUUUGUUUUAGUCCAACUGAGGUGCAUCAUGGAGGAUGUUCCAGGGUGUGACCGGGUGAAGACAUUUGUGAUAUAUAGGAGUUGUUUGUGUGUGGAAACAGAAUUCCUAAUUUGUUUUACAAGUCAUCCAUCGGGUGACUGUAUAACCACAAGAAACACUUUUAAAAUCUUUUAUUAUUUACAUGCCUUCUUUUUCUCUCCAUACUUUCCCAUUAUGCCAGUCUUAGCACAGAUUGACAAACACUGUAUGUGUGCUUGUUUAGCUUUGAAUUCAUGCCUUUCUAUUAUUUUAUAAGUCUUAAAUGCUAGUGUGACUUUCAGAAGCAUCUUCUUGUUCAGAAAUAUUGAAGAAAGAGUAAAGAAGAAGAUUUACGUUGAGGAUACCCCCAAAAUAUGCAGCAUUUUGGUUGCAUGCUCUUAAUGUUUCCAGCACGUGGUUUCUCUGUGGAAAGUUGAAUACCUUUUAGCACCAACCUUUGGCUCUUAACUGGGGACAAACCCUCUGACUUCUGCAGUUUUUUUCUACCUAGCUGAUCAAAGUUAGUAAGUAAGCAUAAAAAAAAAAAAAACACAUUGAACUAACACAGUUUUUCAAAAUAUACCUCAUAUUGGAGGCUUUUGUUGCUUUUGUUUAGUCUGUCCAGAUCUUGGGGUGGCUAAUCGAGUUUGUCUUUGGGCCUUCAAGCUGCCAUGCUAUGCAAUUGUUGAUGCUCUGAGAGAUUUAUCCUUGCCACAAAGGAAAAAGGGAAGUGCUCAGUCUGAUUGCAAGUAUUGAUUUAAAACAUGCCCACAGCAGCGAGGCACAGUGAUGUAACUAUAAAGCUGCCUCCCAGAUUGUAAAGUUCUAGUGUAAGCUUCCAUGCUCUGACUGGUGGAAAUAGUCAGACUUAUGUAUAUCCUCCAUGUCCAUUUGUGGCAUCCCUACUGAUGCAAAUCUCCAAACGAAAUUAUGGCUUUUGGUUAUGGUGACUAAGCCUGGACUCUUGGGAUCCAUACUCAGGACUAGAAAACAGUGCUUCGCAAUUAAUGACUUCAGCAAGGUUAAAGCACAUGCUAAGAGCGGUGCAUUUCGACCUGUAAUCAGUUAACAAGACUCCUGAGCAACAUUUUUAAAAUAAAUCUGUUGUCAGUAGCCUGUAGUCCUAUACAGAUGAGGUUGACAUCUGUGCUGGGAAAUUUGAGGGGUCUUGAAACAGAAAGAGAUCGGAACCACUCACGCAGAGGGAGGAAAGUGCUGGUUUGGACCAGAUGUCUGUGAUUACCCAGAAGUCCUAUCUUUUUGUAGCGAGAUUUGAGAACACUUUGAAAAGCGUAGCUUGAACAUAAGUGCCUGCCUGUUCCCCUCCUGGCUCUCUCAAGCAUGCUUCUGCACACUGUGUCUUAUUUUCUGAUUGAAUACAUUUGCACGCUUCCAUAAGUUAGGGAAAAGAGUCCUGUAAUGGGAGCAGUGCAGUGACUAUACAUAUCAACAGACAUAGUGACGUUUGCUAGGUAGGGUAUUAUUUUAAGAAAGCAAACAAAACCUUUAUUUUAGUGGCCUUAUUUUUGUUUCUGGAGGGCGCAGGGGCUCUGCUUUACUUGCCUGUAAUUACAGGAAUCACAGUGUACUAAAAAGCCACUUUCAUCCUGAUAAAGCAUCUCUAGAAUGGUAUAUUUUAAGGGAAUUUGUACAUUCUCCCACACACUUGCAACAAAGAUGUAUGUUUCCAUUCAGGCCCUGUCGAAUUAAAUUGUCAGAAUUAAAAAAUAAUAAUUGGAAAAGCUCUGACAUUAAUUUUAAACUGCUGUUGGCUUUUUCAUUCAUAUCCUUUAUCAGCAGUUUUUUUUUUUUUAUCUUAAAAACUUAGGCAGAUUGUGUUCUUCCUUCAUUCCAAAUAACCACGAGCCACCCUUCUGGUGGCCUUUUGGGUUACGCUACACUCUGAAGAAUGUAAUUAAUGUAUGUGUAUAUCCUUCUAAGCAUAAGUAAUCUAAAAUUAUGGAUGCUUUGGGUUGACUGCCUUACUGAUCCUGUAAGUGAUAAUGGGAAGCCACUUUUAACUUUGUCACUCCAAUUCUGACACUUUCUAGUGCCUGGAAAGCCAUACAUCUUUACUCCUGUAGUUCGUUAGAUGUCUGUUAGAAGUGUAUUUUAUUUAUUUUGCUUGUAUGACAUGCUGAUGUCUUUUUUCUGCAGUCCUUAGAGCAGCAUAUCCCAAACUUUCGUUGCUGUACGUCUUGCAAGGUGGGUCAUCUUUGAUCCUAUUUUUUGAGCAGGAUUCAGACAGCAGCUACAUUGAAGGGAAUUACAGAAAUAGGUGCCCCUUAAUAGGAAUCCUACAGGAUGUGUUAGACAGGCUUAAAAAUAAUGAAGAACCCUUUUAUUCUUUAACAUCUGUGAAGAACCAGGAAAUCUGUCACCUUGAGCCCGUCAGCUUGGCACAGAUCAGCAGCAAGUCGUUCUGCAGACCGUGAGGUGAAGAAUUCUUCCUUGGGAAGUAGUAGAAAAAAAUGUCAGAAUGACUCUCUCAGUACAGAACAACACCAUACCAUGCCAGGAAUCAAGACUUUCUGGAUCCUUGAGACCUACAUUCCAACCGAAGAUGAGAUGCAAUAAACAGAAAUAUGCCAUCAAGAGGCAUUGUCUGUGUUUUGAAGGCAGUGUUUGAAGCUGACUCGCAGUAUUAGUCACCUCCAGACCUCAUUCUAAUGCUUCUCCUUUCAGCACAAGGAGGAUGCGCUACCAGCAAGUGUUGAGAAGACUCCCCCAGAGUCAAGAUUGGAAUAUGCAGUCUAUCACUUGCCAAUCUACCUCUGUCAUGUAUUACACAACGCCUGUGCCCUUAAUUAUGUCUGCUUGAAAACGCAGGUGUCAGAGCAAUCUGCAGCCCCUGAGGUUUGCAGCGGCAUCGUGUGUGUCUGUGGCUGACUGUUCCCUCUGCAUAAACGUCCAGAUUCGUUUGGUGUCUGUCAGACUUUCUGGUAAUGCUCAGUCUGCUGAUCCUCUGAACACAGAGCUUUGAUUUAGGUAGAGAUGUGAGUAGGAGGUCUUUAAUUGAGACAGGUGAAGUGAAACCUUUUCUGGCAGUGUAUUAAGUGACAUUUAGUGCUUAGAUACAGCAUACAAUUAAUUUGGUGUGACCUUGGGGGAGAUGUGGUAGGAAAUAUUGUCCCGUAAUUAGUUUUAAUUCUCUUCUAAUUUAAUUUGGCCACCAUGUUCCUCCUUGGCCCUGCUUUCUUUGGCUGAAGGGAGCUGUAUGAUUUGAAGUGCAGUUGAUUCUUUUGGCCGAGUACAUUUGCUUCCAGCACUUGAUUUCUAACAGCUGAAUGAAUUUUUCUGCUAACUCAUCCACCUGAAACUCAUAACAACAUAAAAUCCUCCCUGCAUCACUCGUGUUUCUCACGGUCAGCACCACAUUGUUCAGUUUUUGCGUUCAAGAAUUUCAGUAAUACCGCUUUUGAAACCAGUUUCUCCCUAUGGACAUGUAUUUUUUGGCAUUUGAUAGCAGGUGAUGAAAUAAAUCAGCGUCAUGCUUGGUAGUGGAAGAGGAGCUGUAACAAAGCAGCAAUGCUGUUUUCUUCAGUAGACCUUAGGAUCCAAGAGCGCGUUUGUUUUGGUGGGCUGUGUGCCCCCUUAGUUGUAAUUGACAUUUCCAGGUAAAACAGUUGCUUUGCUUUACAGAAACAUGAUCUCCCCAUCUGCGCUUUAUGAGGAGGCAGCGAGAGGCUUUAAAUGCAAGCUACUGAUUGGCGGUGGGACUUUAUUAUGAAAAGAGAUAAGCUACGGAGUCUUUGUUACCCAUGAGAAGCGAAAGGCAGAAGGAGAUUAAGAAAUUUGACAUGGAAGGAGAAUAACAAAAGAUUAAGCACAGAAUCCCACAGUAUUACAUCAAGCACCCUCUUGAUAACUGCACUUCAGAUCCUUGUAGAGCAAGCUCGAGGGUUUUGAUAUGUAUGCAUUUAACUUUUCAUGCUGACUCUGCACUCUGUCAUAGAGGUGAUGCAAACUGUGUGUUACGUUCGGCUCGUUAUGGAUCAUCCAGCUGUUGCUCCCUGACGAUGGAAGGUGACACGGAUUGUUUCAUACACAAAUCAAAAUGCUGUUUACACAUCUGGAACAUCCUCUGGAGCUUUCCUUGAGAGUCCAUGAUAGAACUACAGAUAAUACACUGUACCAGCUGUUAAGAUGGGUUGGAGGUUGGUCUUUUCCAUGUCUCACCCACAGCUGCCUACUGCAGCCAAGUGCCUGACCUCUGUCACAAGUCUUUUCCAAGCGCUGAAGCUGUGUUCUUCCCUGAGGUCCACAGAAGGUCUUUGUUAGGUGGGGAUGGGCUUUGGUUUAUGUUAAAAAAAUCCUUCUAAUGCAUAAACCUGGGCCCUUCUUCUUGCUUUGCAGAAAUGCAGUUACCCAGUAUGCGGCUGCCUCUCGGCUGAAACACGUGCCUGUCUGCCCCACAUCCCUCUCAUUUAUAAAGCUGGAUGAGGGAUUUAGCCCCACAGCUGCUGCUUAUUGUAGCAUGUGUCAUUCAGGGAUGGGCAGUGAGGAGGUGCACCAGUCAAGCAAACACUUUAUGCAGAGCCCCAUUUAGUUUCUGGAGCUCCCCGAUCCUUUGAUACAUGCAAUGUCAGGGGCAGGAUUGAAGCCUGAAUCUCUUAGCAUCUCUGUUUGUACUCGUCAAAGGUAUCUAGCCUCACCAAGAUGAGAAUCCAGCUAAUGCAGGACCCUAAACCAAUGCCUGCCAAAUGUUUUGCGCAAGUUGAGUAUACACGUCUGCCUGAUGCUGAGAGCAGACUACUGGGAUUUUACAAAUGCAAGGAUAAAGGGUCUUCCCCUUCUUUUAUUUUAUUUGUUUUUUUUUAUUAUUAAUAUUUAUCUCCAGAACACAGGAAUAGCUGCAAGGACAAUCUCAGAUUCAUUCUUUCCUCAAUCCCCCAGGACAAUGUCCACCUGUUCCUCGUAAGUCCAGUACUGAAUAAAGAUGGGUUUUCCCACAUGCCCAUAGCAAACCAUGUACCAAAAUGUUUCCUAAAUUAAAGCCUUGGUCAGUCACUGUGGAAGAACAUACUAUUUCUCCCUGGAUUUUGGAAGAGAACUUCAAGAAGCACAAACAGUGGUUACUCCUUAGACUGAACAGGAAUGGAUUUUUCUCUUAAUCUCCCAAACUGAUGUUGACUACGUGAGGUUGACUAUUAAACUGAGCAGAGUGCACUGAUGAUGCCGUGUUUACUGUCUUAGCAAACAACAUCUGUCCACCUGUAACGGGUGUGAAAUACACCACGUGUUACGCGACCAAACUUUUUAACAUUGACACUGUUGGUUCUAAUGUAAUAUUGUGGGUUUUUUUUCCUGAAAUUCAGCAUAUUGUUGCAGAUUGAUAAAUACACUGUGACAGACGGAUGGCAGUUAGUUGACUUGUAAAGUUGACUUGUAAAACAGCUGCACGGAGCAGUGUUUAUUGACAAUUUUGAUAAUACUGAACUGAUUCUUUGUACCAGACCUGCUGGUAACUAACAUUAGGCUUCUGUGUAUCAGCCUAUCUUGUUUUGCGAGCACCAUAGCUUUGAGAUAUUUAAUGUAUUUUGUUUGUUAUUCAUGUUGCGGUCAGGCACUAAUUUGUGUCUUUAUAGUUCAAAUUAUUAAAGAACUUUGUUUUAAGUA